GCCGCUCUGUUGCUAGGGCCGCUCUGUUGCUAGGGCCGCGGCUGCCGCCACGGCUCUGCCGCGGCCUUCCCGGCCUGCCGCCGCCUUCCCGGGCUGCGGCGAUGGUGAAGCUCGCUGCCAUGUGCGUCCUGGCAGGAGAUCCAACUGUGGGGAAGAGUGCUUUAGCCCAGAUGUUCCGCAAUGAUGGGGCUCAUUUUCAGAAGAACUACACACUGACAACGGGCAUAGAACUGUUGGUGAAGGCUGUAUCAGUUCCAGAGACAAGUGAUACUGUGGAAUUCUUCAUUUUUGACUCUGCAGGAAAAGAUCUAUUUUCUGAAAUGCUGGAGAAACUGUGGGAACAACCCAAUGUCCUGUGCCUUGUGUAUGAUGUCACUAAUGAGCAAUCUUUCAACAACUGUGACAAGUGGUUGGAGAAGCUGAGGGCUCAAGCAGCUGGAGUGCACAUCCCGGGUGUCUUAGUGGGGAAUAAAACAGACCUGAUUGGUCGUCGAGUUGUGGAGCAGAAACAAGCACAGGAGUGGGCUGAGAAACAUGGCCUGGAGUACUGUGAGAUGUCAGUGAAGGAGAUGAAAAAUUUUGAGGCCCCUUUCCACAUCCUGGCAAAGUCAUUUCACCAACUGUACAAAGAAAAAGUGGAAACUUUUCACUCACUAGCUUGAGGGCCAUUGACUGCCAUGACUUAUUUCUCCUCUAAGCUACUUCUAGUGCCCAGAAUCCUGCAGGAUGGAAUACAAGAGAAGAAAAAAGAUGAGCUAUUUGCUUCUUCAUGGUCAUCUUCUGGUAAUUCAAAAUAAACUAGAAAUAAGCAAGUGGAAAGACACUUUUCCAAAGUUGCUGCCUCAGCAUUCAUUUCAUGUCCUCUAGCUUGGUUCUCUGCUCACUGCAAGUCUGCUAGGUUUGAGGAGGCGGGAACUAAAAGGGGAGGGCAGAAUGGAAAUUGCCAGCUCUGCUUGAUACUGUCUUGUCUCUUUGUCUGAACAGACUUCCUGCUGCUACAAGCAAGGAGAUAGAGGUUUAGAGAAUUCGAAAGGAAACUGACAGGAUGUUGUUCAACAUAUGCAACCCAACCUUGAUACAUAUGUUGCAGGGCAGGACUGAUUUGGCCCGGCAGCUUGAAAAGCAUUUUCAGGAGGAGGCCUGUGCCCUAAAAUCAACCCAUGGAGACUGAGAUGUGUGGGGACCAAGCUAGAUUUGUUUCCAGGAGUGCCCAGAGUUUGAGGCCUGUUUUAACAGUGUUACCCUUAUCAGUUGUAGGACUGAUAUGCUGAUGACUGAUUUGUGGUUUUGACUUCUAGAAUCUGGUUCUUUUCUUCAGCGUGGCUCGCUUUCACUGCCUGAUAGGAAGAGUGUUGUGUCUGUACCGCUGUCAUUGGUAACGCAGUGCCCUCUGCUGGUUGCAGGUCACAAGAUUUCUCAAGAAGCCACCUCUCGAAGCGAGCAGGACUUCCUGCAGGAACAUCCAAACUGGCUUAUCUGCAAAAUGGGGUCAGAUAGCAGGAAUACCUCUUUUAUUCUAAAGACGAGUCCAGAAUUUAAAACAAAUCAUCUUUUCUUCUUCAUGUCUUUGUCAUUUUAUGUGGGUUUGUGUCAUUUUUCUUUUUGUCAGCUGAACUUGGCAAUACCAUGUUCUUAUUAGGUUCAGUUCUCAAUCCCUUACUAGAAGAAGAGUCCUCUUUGUUGUUAAACCUUCCUUGCUUAUCCUUGAAUUUUGGACUAAAGACCCGGAUUCUGAUGUUGCCAGUGGAAACAGGACUAAGGAAAUGAAAGACAGCCUGGCUAAGUUACUCUGACUCAGCCAUGUCUGGCUAGAAGUUUUGUAUCAGAAAGGUUAAAAGCCUAGAGAGAACUGCUCUUUUGUGUGGGGUACUGAUGUUGCAUGUGUAAAAGUCUAUUUGCUAACGCAGUAAAUGCAAGUAUCUGUGGUAAGGUACUGCCCUGUAACUGAGCCUAACACCGAGAAGUUCAAAAACUGUAACCUUUCACUUCUCCCAGAUUACGUUAGCCUCCCUCUGGGCAAGGGAAGCUGAAAUUUGUGGAGAGUAAGCACUGAGUGAUUUUUUUCAGGUAGGCUUUUCAGGAAUCUGUGUUUCAAGACUUCUGUAGGUGCAUUUUAUAACCAUUUUUAUGCCCAGUGCUGGGAAAAGUACAUUGGAUUGAACAUAAGAAAUAUGGCUGCAGAUCUUGUAGCAGAGUUUAUGAAGCACUUCAAGAAUCUGGAGAAGUAACCGGGCUCAUUUCACUGGCGAAUGUGUAUUGAUGCUAGGAAUUAGCUAGGGAUCAUGAAUACCAGCUAAAGAGGUUAAGUAGGAGCUCAGCCCACAAGAAAAGAAAAUGAAUAGGUUCUUUUGCUGGAAGCCACCUCAAAAAGCAACAGAGCCAGCUGAAAAAGCUCUUGCUUCCUCCAAAGAAAGGACUCAUCCUCCAUGGGUUUAGAGUAACUAGAAGGCUCACCCUUUUUUGAAUUGAAUUAGCAUUACUGGCAUUUGUAUCUUACACGGGUUGUCUUGUUAAUCCUGGAGAGUUUCUGUUGAUUUACAUCAGCUGAGUAGAGUCUUGCCUGCAGGUGCUCAGUACUUCUGACUAUUAUGAAUAAAAGUUAUUUUGGA